AAAAAACUACGGUAAAAGUUGCAGCAAUGCCAGCCCCAGCCUACCUAUCUCCUCCCUUCCUCCCGCUCCACCACCCCGCCACCAGCACGAGCGCGCACCUCCUCUCCGGUGGCCGCAACCAUCGAAGCCGCCCACGGCACAUGUCAGGUACCGCCAACGAGGCAUCUCCGUUCGGAGUCAGGAAGGAUAUGCUCCUCCGGAUACCUACGAGGCCACAACAUAUGCUCUGCAGAAAGUCUUCGUCCCAUAAUACUAUUAACGUAAUGGCGUGCGGCUACACCCUACCAGGUCCCGUGCUUCUUAAAGCCAAGGUCGGCGACGGUGACGGCGACGGAGGGGACGACCUCCUCCUGGCAUCGCGGCGACACGCCGUCCUCGGCGUGGCCAGGGUCCUCUUCGCGGCGGCCAACGAGCGGUGCCUUCGGUGCGUGAACCAGGCGGCGCUCGGGCGCAGCGUCACCGGCACCUUCUGCGGGGACUUGUUGGUGGGAGCCAUGGCGCACUCGUGGAGGGUGCUCAUGCAGGGGCUCACGUCGCUCAUGUUCCUCUGCGCGCGCGCCGACGAGUACGUCCGGCCGCCGCCGAGCCCGCUCGUGCUGACGGCGCACGACAAGCCGGCGGCUCAUCCUCAGCAGGUGCAUAUUUCAACUGUGGGAAGCAACAACAUGAGGAUUUCAUGGGUCACUGACGACCGGAAGGCGCCGUCGGUGGUCGAGUACGGCAAAUCUCGCGGCAACUACACGGUGUCGACGACCGGCGAUCACGCGACGUACCGGUAUUUCUUCUACAAGUCCGGCGCGAUCCACCACGUCACGAUCGGCCCGCUGGCGCCCAGCACGACCUACCACUACCGGUGCGGCAAGGCCGGCGACGAGUUCACCCUCAAGACGCCUCCGGCGUCCCUCCCCAUCGAGCUCGUCGUCAUCGGCGACCUCGGCCAGACCGGCUGGACCGCGUCGACGCUGUCGCACAUCGGCGGCGCGGACUACGACAUGCUGCUGCUCCCGGGCGACCUGUCGUACGCGGACACGCAGCAGCCGUUGUGGGACUCGUUCGGGCGGCUGGUGCAGCCGCUGGCGAGCGCGCGGCCGUGGAUGGUGACGGAGGGCAACCACGAGGUGGAGGCGCUCCCCGUCGUGGGCUUCGCGCCCUUCGUCGCGUACAACGCGCGGUGGCGCAUGCCGCACGAGGAGAGCGGCUCCGCCUCCAACCUCUACUACUCCUUCGACAUGGCCGGCGGCGCGGCCCACGUCGUGAUGCUGGGCUCCUACACGGAGUUCGAGCAAGGGUCGGAGCAGUACGCGUGGCUGGAGCGGGACCUCGCCGGCGUGGACCGGCGGAAGACGCCGUGGCUGCUGGUCCUGCUGCACGCGCCGUGGUACAACACCAACCAGGCGCACCAGGGGGAGGGCGAGGCGAUGCGCGCCGCCAUGGAGACGCUCCUCUACGAGGCCCGCGUCGACGUCGUCUUCUCCGGACACGUCCACGCCUACGAGCGAUUCACGAGGAUCUACGACAACGAGGCCGACAGCCGGGGCCCGAUGUUCAUCACCAUUGGCGACGGCGGCAACAGGGAAGGGCUUGCUCUCAAGUUCCUCAAGGAUCACAAGUCAGCGCACCUGUCGAUGUUCCGGGAGGCGAGCUUCGGGCACGGUCGGCUGAGAAUCGUCAACGAGACGAGCGCCGUUUGGACAUGGCACCGCAACGACGACGAAUACGCCACCGUCCGCGACGAGGUCUGGCUGGAGAGCUUGGCUACUCCAAAGCUGUCCAUGGCAACCACCGGUCGUCACGACGAGGAGUUGUAGGAUGUUGCACAUCAAUAAGCACCCUAGUCUACAAGACACUUUGCAGAAAAAAGAGUGUUUUUUUUUUUGAAUCAUUCAUUCCCUAAAGUUGUACGUUUGCCACUAUAGUGUUUUUUUUACCCAACACCGUAGAACAAUUGUUCUAGGGUAAAUUUUUACCUAAUCUUUACCUAAUUUUUUUAAUUUUUUUAAUAAUAAAGCAAAUUGGGUUUCUGGUCA